CUUUUAUUGUUGUCGAGUGAAUGGUGCUAUCGGCUAUUCACUAGAUCUUGAUUAGCUUUAAGAAUCAAGCAAAACCGAAUCACGAGCUUCUCAGUACAAAAUCGUAUGGCCACGAAAACACUUAAUUGGGCCUCAGCCCAGCCCAAAAUAUUUUUAUAAUUGUUGAAUAUAGAACAGAAAAACUAGGAGAAAUUCGAAUUUCGAAAGUGCCUCGCGAAACAAAUGAAUGAGGAUCCGUAACCUGGUGGCACCCACCCUUCAAUUUCAAACACAAUCGACAGUAACCGGUAACCUCCGACGAAGGCUCUCCCCCCCCGGCGUCGACUUCGCCGCCUAUGGCUCGGCCCUCCAGCACUGCUCCGACCACCGCCUCCUCCGCCAGGGCAAGCAGCUCCACGCUCGCCUCAUCCUACUCUCCGUUACACCCGAUAACUUCCUCGCCUCGAAACUCAUCCUCUUCUACUCCAAAUCCAACCACGCGCACUUCGCGCGUAAGGUGUUCGACACGACCCCCCACAGAAACACCUUCACGUGGAACGCCAUGCUCCUCGGCUACUCCUUCAACAGCAUGUUCCGCCACGCGCUCAACCUCUUCGGGUCGUUCACUUUCUCCACAACCCCCAACGCCUCCCCCGAUAACUUCACCAUAUCCUGCGUCUUGAAAGCCUUAGCUUCGUCUUUUUGUAGCCCCGAAUUGGCGAAAGAGGUUCACUGUUUAAUCCUUCGACGCGGGUUGUACUCUGAUAUUUUCGUUCUCAACGCGUUGAUCACGUGCUACUGCAGGUGCGACGAGGUUUGGCUUGCGCGGCACGUGUUCGACGGAAUGUCCGAGAGAGAUAUCGUAACGUGGAACGCGAUGAUUGGUGGGUAUUCUCAGAGGAGGUUAUAUGAUGAGUGUAAGAGGUUGUACUUGGAGAUGUUGAAUGUUUCCGCGGUUGCACCCAAUGUGGUUACGGCGGUGAGCGUGAUGCAGGCGUGUGGACAGUCCAUGGACCUUGCGUUUGGAAUGGAGCUUCACCGUUUCGUGAAGGAGAGUGGAAUUGAGAUUGAUGUUUCGCUCUCCAAUGCUGUGGUUGCUAUGUAUGCUAAGUGUGGUAGGUUGGAUUAUGCGCGGGAGAUGUUUGAGGGAAUGCGUGAGAAGGACGAGGUUACUUAUGGGGCAAUUAUUUCGGGGUACAUGGAUUAUGGGCUUGUUGAUGAUGCCAUGGGUGUUUUUCGAGGGGUGAAGAACCCUGGAUUGAAUAUGUGGAAUGCUGUGAUUUCUGGUAUGGUUCAGAAUAAGCAGUUUGAAGGGGUUUUUGAUUUGGUACGGCAAAUGCAGGGUUCUGGUUUGAGUCCCAAUGCUGUCACACUUGCUAGCAUUCUUCCUUCGUUUUCGUACUUCUCAAACCUGCGAGGAGGGAAAGAGGUGCAUGGUUAUGCUAUCAGGAGAGGUUAUGAGCAAAAUGUAUAUGUGUCAACUUCUAUUAUUGAUGCUUAUGGAAAGUUGGGGUGUAUUUGUGGGGCACGGUGGGUUUUUGAUCUAUCACAGAGUAGGAGCUUGAUAAUUUGGACAUCAAUUAUAUCUGCUUAUGCUGCUCAUGGUGAUGCUGGUUUGGCACUUGGUCUCUAUGCUCAGAUGCUAGAUAAGGGAAUUCGACCUGACCCGGUGACAUUAACUUCUGUAUUGACAGCUUGUGCUCACUCUGGAUUGGUUGAUGAAGCUUGGAAUAUCUUCAAUUCGAUGCCCUCAAAAUAUGGCAUUCAACCUUUGGUGGAGCACUAUGCUUGCAUGGUGGGUGUUCUUAGUCGAGCUGGUAAGCUCUCAGAAGCAGUGCAAUUCAUUUCUGAAAUGCCAAUUGAACCAAGUGCUAAAGUUUGGGGUCCUCUACUACACGGGGCUUCUGUUUUUGGUGAUGUUGAAAUCGGCAAGUUUGCUUGUGAUCAUUUGUUUGAGAUUGAGCCUGAAAAUACUGGGAAUUACAUCAUUAUGGCCAAUUUAUAUGCACAUGCAGGGAAAUGGGAACAAGCUGGUGAGGUUAGGGAAAGAAUGAAAGUAAUUGGGUUACAAAAGAUCCGUGGAAGUAGCUGGAUUGAAACGAGUGGAGGGCUACUGAGUUUCAUUGCCAAGGAUGUGUCAAAUGGAAGAUCUGAUGAGAUUUAUGCAUUGCUGGAAGGGUUGCUUGGUUUGAUGAGGGAAGAAGGAUGUGUAUUACAGGAAGAGUUAGAUUAUGAGAAUGUUUUUAGUUAAUAACUGACAUGUGAUAACUUGCACUGAAAUGAUCAUUCGCCUCUGGUAUGGCCAGAGCAAAAAGAGACCACUCAACUUCUGAGAUGCAGAAACUAGAUAUCACCUGUAUCUCAAUACUCAGCAAAAAUAUGAAGCUUUACUGGGUGCACAAGGUCAAGAAUCAGGCUCUCCUUUUUUUCGAGUGUCUAUAGAAGAAAUUUAUGCAUUGCCUGCUGGUUACUGUUUUUCACCCAAGUUAGUCUAGGCUAAGAAACACAUGGCUCCAAGGAGUACUUGAUUAUUUUUCUUUUGGGUAAUGAAGGACUGCCAUCUUACCCUUGCUUUGUCAGUUCAGUUAAGAUUGCAUUGUUUGAUAAAUCAACUCUGAUUUCCAUCCAGGUUGGUUGUGACUUGUGAGUAAACUCUGAAUUUGAGCAGAAAAAGUUGCAUUCUGGCUGGCAGUUAUAACUUUAAUAGCAAAGGGGCUUCCUUGUGGUUAACUACGUUUUUUAGGCCAAAGGAAACACACACUACUGAAGUGGGUCUUGGGGAAAACUCACAGGCGGCCCCACGGUGAAGUUGAGAUGCAAAAGGGAAUGUAAUAAGGGCAACGUGUAUUGUGGGGUUUUAACAUCUGCUGCUUGGUGCUUGCUGGAAACCAGAUAUCGUAUGGGAACUUGCGAGUUUCCCUUCUAUAAGUAGUUUGAUUUAUUGUAAAAGGAAAACUACAUUGUGAUCAUGUUAUGCGAGCAUAGGAUCCCCGAUUAUCAGGAUGAAUACUUUUUUCUCUUUCAGAUUUAUGGCAUUAAGGUAGAUACGGCUUGGAUCGAUGAGAUGGGGACCUAAUAUUUUGUGAAAAGCUAGAAAAAGGGACACUUUCUGUUGAAAAUAGCCAGAAGAUUUUUUGGGAGAACACCAAAUUGGUGAGAUGAGACUUAGGAAUGCAUUGAACAUUGAUUUUGGCGAUGCCAGUUGGAAUUUAACACAGGAAGCAUAAUUGUUUUAUUUGUAGUCGUUUUUAGUGGGGCUUGUCUUGCAUGCACCUUUUCCUUUUCACAUCUUUACCACAUUCUUGUCUCGAAAAUAGUUUUCUUGCUAAUAAAGCAUA